CUGGCUGUGUGGCAUGCUCUUGUGAUCCUGUGGGUUCCUUGUCAGAGGAAUGUGACCCCAUCUCAGGAAGCUGCAAGUGUCAGCCUGGUAUUGGUGGUCCAAGAUGUGACAAAUGUGAGGAACUACACUUUGGUUUCUUAUCAACUGGAUGUCAGACCUGGCUUUGGCAACUUGACAGCUGGCUGUGUGGCAUGCUCUUGUGAUCCUGUGGGUUCCUUGUCAGAGGAAUGUGACCCCAUCUCAGGAAGCUGCAAGUGUCAGCCUGGUAUUGGUGGUCCAAGAUGUGACAAAUGUGAGGAACUACACUUUGGUUUCUUAUCAACUGGAUGUCAGAGUUGUGGGUGUCAUGUGGCUGGCUCUGAAGGACCUGCAUGUGACAUCGUGACUGGACAGUGUCCUUGCAGGACCCAUGUUACAGGCAGGACCUGUGAUAAAUGCCAGGAUGGAUUUUGGGGUCUUGGUAGUAGCCAGGGCUGUGUGCCAUGUGAGUGUGAUGGUGUCGGAUCUGUGAGUUCAUUAUGUGAUGUCCAAAGUGGCCAAUGCCACUGCAGAUCAGGAGUAGGAGGCCGCCGGUGCAGUCAGUGUCUCCCUGGCUUCUUCGGAUUUUCAGCUGCUGGAUGCUCAGAAUGUGAUCGCUGUGAUAAACCAGGCCAUAUCUGUGACCCUGACACAGGACGCUGUGUGUGUCCACCUCUCACAGCCAGUCCUAAUUGUGAUCACUGCCAGCCAGGUGCCUGGGGAUAUGAGCCUGGCAAGGGUUGCAAGGCCUGUGGAUGUGGUGCAUCCGGCUCUGUAAGACUGCAGUGUGAUCCAAAUACAGGCCACUGUGCAUGCCAAGAAGGUUUCCAGGGUGACCGCUGCUCUUCCUGCUCUCCAGGGUACUAUGGUUUUCCUCGUUGUCAGCGCUGUGACUGCCACUUGGUAGGAAGUGAUGAAGCACAGUGUGAUGCUGCUAAGGGAUAUUGUUGGUGUGAUGAUUCAGGACAAUGUCCAUGCAAGGCAAAUGUAUCAGGCAAGAAGUGCAAUCACUGUAAACCUGGAACCUUUGGUUUACAACCAGACAAUCCUGAUGGCUGCACACAAUGUUUUUGCUUUGGGCGUACAACAGCUUGCACUCAAGCUGGCCUCACAGUAAGCCAGAUAAUGAUGGCUCCUGCUAUGCGCACUCUGACAGUGGAGUAUGAUUCAAAUACACCACAGUUCCAACCUGGUGCCAGCAUCUACCCGGUGAAUAUCCAACAGAUAUGCUAUGUCAAUCUAGCAAUGCCUGGAAGUGGUGAAGUGAGUCUCAUUGGACCUGACGAACAACUCAAUGUGACCAACAACUUGCGAGUUAUUCCUGGUGAUGUUGGAGAUGUACGACUUGGAGUUACCUACCCAUUUGAUACACCGAUCUACUGGCAGCUCCCAAAGCAGUUCCUUGGAGACAGGGUAUUGUCGUAUGGUGGUUAUCUGCGAUUCAAAGUGGAGACUGAAGGAGGUGAUACAUUGCUCCCUGCUAGCGUACUGGCCACAUAUCCCCUUGUGCAAUUGCAAGGCAAUGGUCGUCUUAUUUUGGAACACUAUCCAGUCAUUCUCAGUUCCACAGGCCAUUACCAAGUCAGAUUACAUGAAUCUCUUUGGCGCCAGAGAAGUCCAUCUGUACUUGGCACUGAUGACAGAGUUACAAGAGAAAUGUUGAUGGUGGCGCUGCAGAAUGUGCAACACAUUGUGAUUCGUGCUUCUGAUUCUGUUGAUUUCACAAGAGCUGUAUUGCGUGAUGUGUCACUUGACACAGGAAUACUGGCUCCUGGUGGACCACCACCAUUAGCCCGAGGUGUUGAACUGUGUGACUGCCCUCCCCAGUACAAUUCCACUUCUUGCCAAGACCCUAGCAUUGGUUUCUACCGCUGGUAUGACAAUAAUUCUAUCAGCUCAACUAUUGUCAUCCAGCUUGUUGGUGAAGCAAGACCUUGUCAGUGUAAUCAGCGCUCCAAAGUGUGUGACAUAGAGACCGGAUACUGUCUGAAUUGUGCUGGCAAUACAGGCGGACCCCACUGUGAGAGAUGUGGAGAGGGUUACUAUGGAGAUCCUGCGCGAGGACCUUGUAAGCCCUGUCCCUGCCCUACAGUAGAGCAUAAUUUUGCUCGCAGUUGUCGUGUGUCACCAAAAGGCCAUGUUAACUGUCAGUGUCGAGAGGGUUACACUGGCAAGAGAUGUGACAGGUGCAGCUAUGGGUGGUUUGGCUUCCCACAGCUUGAGGGUGGGUCCUGCAAUCCAUGCAACUGUAACCAUUAUGGCAGUGUGAGUGAUGAGUGUCAUGAAGAGACUGGACAAUGCAACUGUCGUCCUGGCAUCACAGGCAGGGACUGCAGUGAGUGCAGCAAAGAUCGUUUCAUCCUCACACAGCAUGGCUGUACAACAUGUGAUGAUGGUUGCACAGGUGUCCUUCUCAGUGAGCUUGCUCUCUUAAAUAAACAUCUGUGGGAAGGAGCUGGUCAUUUGAUUGGAGGGGUUAUACCUCCUCCUUGGCCACAGCUACAAGCAACAAACAAGACAGCAAACGAACUUAGAAACUGGCUUAAACUAGCAGAGAGAGUAGCAGUGUUACCAGAUGAUGUUAGUAGUAAAUUACAGUGGCAAGCUCAACAGCUGUUGGACAAAUCACGUCGAGUGGAAGGUCGUGGUAAGCAGUUGGAGCAAGAUGGACAGUUGGUUCAAGAGGAGGCUAACAAACUCAGUAGGGAGAUAUCAACAAUACGUCAAGAAAUUGAUGAUGCUGUCAGGAGACUUACAAAUUAUGGACAAGCAGGGCCUGAAGGAAUAGUUAGUGUUGGUCAAGCAUUGCGAGAAGCUCAUCGACUCUUGCACGAAAUAAAAGGAAGAAAUUUGAACUCGCGCUCCAAGGCAGCAAAAUAUUCUCUUAAGUUAUGCAGUGAUUUGCUGAAACAAAUCCAGAAUAUGUUGCAUGGGUUGGUGAAAUAUGAAGGGCUGCAGCAGCAACUGAGAAACUUAAAUGAUCAAUUGAGUGAUUUAAAUAAUUUAAUUUCAGAGGCUGUUAAUAAACAAAAUAAGGCUUCUGCGGUAUCAUCUAGAAAUGAGAAUGUGUUGAAUGUAGUGAGAAACAGCCUGAAGAGAACAGAAGUCCUUGAGUCAGAGCAGAGGGCUCUGUAUGCGGAAGGGCAGAAUUUCAACAAAGAGUCAUGGCAGAUACUUAAUGCAUCAAUGAAUAAUAUUCGGAAUUUUGAAGUGCUGGCAAAGAAUUUGACUGCUUUAAUCUCAGCGCUGGAGAAGAAGGAAGGAAUCCUAGACCAUCUAAACCCUAUUUACAAGGAGAAGUAUGUACUGAGGGCUCAGAUGCAUGCUGACAUGCUACAAAAACGGGUACAGUACUAUAGAGACUUGUUCAAUGCAACGCAGCGGGAUGCAGACUUUGCUCUCCGGGCUAGUAAAGCAUAUCAGCAAAUUGUGGAUGCUCUGGAGAGUUCUAGAGAUGCUGCAAUCAAUGCUUCUAUUGCAGCUGACAUAGCAUACAAAAAAGCACAUCCCAGUGCAGAGCAGGACUCACUGGUAGAUCAGGCAAGCAUCAUAUUGGCAGACUCGACAAGAUUAUUGAGUCGUGGAAAACAGAAAGCCAGCCAUGUAGGAGAGUUGAAGUUGAGUUUGGAGAAACAUAAAGAGGAAAUGAAGAAUGUCAGAGACAUACUAACUGAAACUGCAAAAGCUGAUAAUGUUAUUUCUCAUCAGUUGCAGAAACUGGAUAACAGAGAGGCGCUGUUAACAAUACAGGAUGUGCUUCAAAAGGCCAAGAAAAUUAGUGAUUCUAUGGAUGAAGUUCAGAUGAAAGCUGACAUGGUCAGAAGCAAUGUGAAGAAUGAGCUGCGCCCUCGCUUAAAGCAGCUGAGCUCAGAUUUCCAAGUGAAUGCUGUUAUAAAUCACAUAACAGCAUCACAGGAAAACAUUCAACAGGCAGAAGUCCUUUUGUCUAGACUAUCAGAAGAUGCUGUUGAAAGGAAACGUAAAUUUCAGCAGUGGAAUGAUACGAUGGCAGCACGCUUACAGGAACUGCGCAAUAAAAUUACUCAAGCGCGGCAUGCUGCCAAUGGGAUACAUUUAUCUAUAUCAAGUCGUGCAAAUAUGAGUGAAGGCUGUGUACGAUCAUUCCGUCCAAGCAGUCUAGAGCCCAGCACUACAACAUCACUUGUCUUGGACUAUGCACUGGAGAGUGGAGCCAAGCAGAAUGAUUCAUUAAUCCUGUAUCUACCCAGCAGUACCACUGAGGAUUUUAUUGCAGUCGAAAUAGUGGCUCAGCACAUUCGCUUUGUAUGGGAUGUUGGCGGUGGUGCAGGAGAAGUGGAGCACCCCCUUAAGCUUGAGCCUGGAAAGUCAGCUGAGGAAAGAAAUUGGUAUAAUAUUCAGAUAGACAGGAGAAGCAACAUAGCAAAACUUUCAGUGAGACCACAUGUCCUACCAGAGGGCUCUGCUCUUGAAAGUGGUACUCCAGUGACAAAUUCUUCCACUUCAGGUUUUGGCAGAUUAGAUGUGGGACCUGGAGAUGUAUUGUGGGUGGGAGGAUUACAUCUGGCAUCAGCACCUGGGCCACCAUUCCUGAAGACAAGAAAUACGGGGCUUGCAGGAUGCUUGCAUAGAGUGGUCUUAGAUGGACAUGCAAUUGGAUUGUGGAACUUUGCUUCCCAGAGUGCUGCUGGAUGUGCUGCAUGCAUACAGAGUGGAGAACAGACAAGAGAUGAGUUAACAUUCCGAUUCAGUGGUGAAGGUUAUGCAGUACUGCAUCGUCCCAGCUCUGGCCCUUACAACAAAUAUGCCUUCAGUGUCUCUCUGAAAUUCCGAACUUUGGAUGAAAAUUCCCUACUCUUUCUUGCUGUGAAUCCAAAUGUCACCGACAGGUAUGUGUCACUAACUCUGCGUGACGGUCGAGUACUCUUCCGAGUGGGAUAUGGUGGAGAAACUCAACUGGAGAUGGCAUCACAGGAAAGGCAUAAUACAGGCAAUUGGACUGUGGUUGAAGCAAGCCGCUUAUUUGAUCGCAGAAAGAAGCUUGAGAAAGGUGUGCUGAAGGUAGAAGGUGAGGCUCGAGAUGGGGCCCCUACAUCUCCCCCUGGUCAGGAAGCAUUGCCUGAUCUGUCCAAUGCUUUGUAUUUUGUUGGAGGAGUUCCCCCGGGCUCAUUUGGGGCAGGCAUGAACAAACUGGACCUACCAGGCUCAUUUCUUGGCUGCCUGGCAGAAAUCCAGGUGGUGCAAGAUGGUUACAGUCCUCUGCGUGGACAGUUCUAUGGUGUUGAAGCAGGCUGUGCUGAUUCUGCACUAGACAAAGCAAGUUUUGAUGGGAGAGGUCACUUGCAGUUGCCAUCACAUUCUCUUGACCGACGUAAUGCAUCAUUUGGAUUUGUUUUCAGGACAUUACAACCUAAUGCUCUGCUCAUGUUAACAGCAUUUGGGGAUGGAGAACGAGGCCAAAGCUUCUACUCAGUUUCUCUGGUAGAUGGAAGGCUUAAUGUGCAGGUAGAUGCUGGACGUGGUGAAGUUCUUAUGUCUCCACAGAAGCAGUUUAAUGAUGGGAAGUUCCAUUCACUCUCGGUGACAAAACUGGGUCGGCGACUUGAACUGAGGGUAGAUGAUGAACUUGAGGACUCUGCUGCUCUACCAAAGGGAGCCACUGUUGUACAUGCACCGGGUCCAUCAGGUGGACUUUAUUUUGGAGGAGUUCCAUCCAAUUUUACCAACAUUGGCAUGAUAACAUCAUCAGUUCCACUUGUUGGAACUGUGAAAGAUGUAAUAUUCAAUGACCAAUUGCUCCAGCUUGACCAUCCUAUAUCAUUUGAACAUGUGGGAAUUGGACGACUUGAUACUAUCAGUGUUCUGGAAAGCUACCCCCCAGGCAGUCCAUCUCCUUCAAUCCUGCUUCCACCUAAAAGAGGGGAAGGACGAAAUGGUCUUCCAGAAGGGUGCCAUAAGGGACCAAGCUAUUCCUUGGAACCUGGAGCUGCAAAAUUUGGAGAUUCUCCUCACAGCCAUGUACAGAUUCGUCAGCGUAAAAGUGUGCUUCAGGCUGGAGAUUUCACGGUGGAGCUGGAUUUUCGGACACUUUACCCAAAUGGUCUUCUCCUCUUACUACCAGGAGGAAAAGGAAAGAAACUGCAUUAUAUACUACUGCAACUCCGAAAUAAGCGUCUCCAACUGCUAAUAGUUAAAGGAGUGCCUAAACUGGAUAUAGAAGACACUGAGGAAUUAAAUGAUGGUUUAUGGCAUCACGUGGUGUUGAGUCGUGAAGGAAACAGGAUCAUUAUGAUUGUUGACUCUAAUAAACCUAAGCGACGCAAACGAUACCCCAAGAAACUCAACAUUGGUAAUACCAUGUAUGUGGGUGGAGUUCCAGAAAGUGAGGUGCUUCUACCAGAAUUAUUGCUACAAAAACUGGAAAGUUUCAAGGGAUGUCUGCGAGGAUUGGCAAUAAAUCAGCAAAGCCAGAACUUAUCAGGUCAUAAAGUUGGGCAGUGCUUCCCUCUUGUGGAGCAGGGCUCUUAUUUCCCUGGUGAUGCCUAUGCAGUUUAUGAAGAGAAGUUCCAUGUUGGUUCACAGUUGGAACUGCAGUUAGAGUUCCGCACCUCAGAGAAUACCGGGGUCUUACUGAGCAUUUCAGAACCUCCUGGGUAUCCAGCCCUCUCUCUCGAAAUCAAUGAUGGAAAAGUGGUGAUGACUGGUGACAUGGGAAAUCAACGUCCAUUCCAUGUUGAGCAGGGAUUUCCAUCACGAUUCACUGUAUGUGACAAUAGAUGGCACCGUGUGAAGGCAUUUUUUGAAAAUGAUGUGCUAAAUCUUAGAGUUGAUAAUUUUCCUACUGUGUAUGGACAUUCAGGCAAUGGAAUAUUUACUGAAGCAAGCACCAAUAGCCCUUUAUACAUAGGUGGACUGCCUGAGGGUGCUCCCAGUGGUACAUUAGGAACAAGAGACAACUUCAAGGGUUGCAUUCGCAAUGUCGUUAUUGGUAAAAACCCAAAGGAUUGGACAGAUAUGGCAAGUCUGAAUAACAUUCUUCUGAGUUCAUGUCCUGUGAGCUCAUAAUUACUCUCCUAAGUGUUGCUAUCAGGAUGAAGAAUUGUGACUGGUGAGAAAUAUUCCCCAGAAACAUCUGCAUGACCUGUGAUUUUGGUUGUAUGUCAGACUACAUAACUAUGAUAGGGUAAAAUAAAAGCAGAAUAAAUGGAAAGUAAAAUGGUGGAAGUGAACCUGUAGCCUUCAUUAAGAGACUCUGAAGCACUGACAAUACCAGUUGGUUUAUCAGUUGAAAGAACUAUGAAAAUAAUUAAAC